AACCUUCCUGAAGACUUUAGUUCCGUUUUUUCGUGUCCAGCAACACUAAUCAGCAUAUCAAAGAUGUCCUGCCCAGUUCCAGCUGCUCCUGCACCUCCCGCCCUCAAGGACUUACCUAAAGUAGCAGGUGACCUGAAAAGUGAAUUGGAAGGAUUUAAAUCCAGCAAACUGAAAAAUGCCGAUACUCAGGAAAAAAUUGUAUUACCCUCAGCUGAAGAUGUAGCAGCUGAAAAGACUGAAAAAGCUCUAAUCGCAGGUAUCGAACAUUUCGAUACCAGCAAGCUGAAACAUACAGAGACUCAGGAGAAAAACCCACUACCUGACAAAGAAGUUGUCCUCCAAGAGCGAACCCAUCAGACGCUUCUCAGUGGCGUAGAGCAUUUUGACAAAACUACAAUGAAGCAUACGACAACCACAGAAAAGGUCGUCUUGCCAGAUAAAACAGGUAGGUGCUUAGCAAUUGCAGAAUCGCAAAAAUGCAUUUUACCAAAAAAAUACUGUCUCGUUAAGUCAGAAUCAAAAAAUAUUUACUGUUCAUUAUGCGUUUCCCUAUUUAUCUUCAAUGACAUUGACUAUCUUUUGAGCAACCAGGAUUGACACAACGACUUACCUAAAUCAGACAGUUACUUGUAAACAAAAGUCGUACACCUAGAACCGCCCCGACAAACAAUUGCCUAUUGUCCAAAUGAGUGUUGUACUGAUGGCGCUAUCACCCUGUUUACGAUAUAAAUAACAACAUUGUCUAAUAUAGUAUUUUUAACAGUACAUGAAGGAAUGUUACUUCUAAAUUAAAAUUUUUAUGUAUCUUACGUAUGUUCCAUUUGUACCUUCUUUUAAUAUUGAAUGCAUUCAGGUAACAUAAACAUUUGAUCAACAAACUAUCAAAUCUGGCGCCAUGUAGAAAUUGCAGUCAAACUGAUAAAGCUAUCCCAUAGUCAUUCCUAUUCAGCUUAAAAGCGUUGCGUUAACGGUUGUUAUAAUAAUAGCUCCGCAAAAUGCUAACUAUUCAAUACAAAUCUAAAUUAUGUGGAAAUAUUUAAACAAAACGUGUGCAAGAAUAAUCAGCUCCUUGAUGAUAUAUUUAUUUUGAAAUGUAGUAUGUUUGCAUCCAAUUUUGUGUGUUACUUUCUGCAUGCCGGUGUUAAAUGUAUAUUGCAUGCACAAAAAUUUAAUUUUUAUAUCCACUGGUGAACAAACUCAAGUCUAUACGUGAUUAUGGCAUCUAUUCACAAUAGUAGAGAAUAGAGAGGUUUUUUAGGUUCACUUUUGAGUUGUGGAUAUAUAAAUGUUUGUGGAGGGUGCGGUGAAUUUCGCAACCUUCUUCCCAUCAUGUCCCAUACAAGCUCGAUGGGGGAAAGGUCUGGAGAUCGAGGAGACCACUGAAGCAGAUUCACUCCUAACUAAAAAGUCUAAACUAACACGUACGAAAUGGAUCGCUGAACACGACUGAGUUCCAUUCCAUUCAAGUCUCUCAUUACUCCAUACCAAUCGUUGCCGACGAGGUACUACAAGAUGGGGACACUAUGAAGACAGUCCACAAGACCUUAUUAGGCGAUAAACUGUCCUCAUUGAUAUUGCGCUCCGACAGCAUCAAACCACUGGUUCGCAAGAGCCCUUGUGGAAAAUCGAUCUCU